AUGGCAACAUCACAGCCACAAGAAGAUGUUAUGUUUUUACGAUUGGCUGGUUUAUUACUCAGGAUCGCACCACGUGCUGUAAGACGAUGGUUUGACAAUGAAUUUCAUCCUGAUAGAUUGAACCAAUUUCUGAGAAAAAAUCGGCAUAAGAUAGAUGGCAUGAAAUGUAAGGAGAGAGUGAUAUCACAGGCAAUGUAUAACUUACUUUAUCCAAGAGGUUUAUCUGGAGUAUCAUCAGACAAGUUUGAUAUAUCAUUGAUGAUAUGUUUAAUGAGACAUUUUGCUGACCUUGACAUUCAAGAUAAUCUUCCAUCGAAAACAAUGCAUACUACAGCUGCAGAUAUUUCAAGGAUAAAAUUUUACAGAAACUACAUUGUUCAUUCAGACAAUGGGAAAGUUACUGAAGACAGGUUUUCAGAAAUAUGGAACUGCGUAGAAGAGGCUAUUGUUAGACUUUUACCAGAUAUUAAGCCUGAGAUUGAUGAUCUGAAGAUUUCAUCGUUAACGAAUGUUGGUGAUAUAAAACACAUUUUACGGCUUGAGAAAGAAUUAGAAAAAAAUAAUCAGCAUCUUAGUGCCAUAAACCAGAAGCUGCAAACGCUUGACAUACAACAUAAUAAUAACAGAGAAAUACACCAAAGAAUUUUGAAAGAAUGGAGAGUUACUGACGUGAAAUACGUUUCUACUUCGGCAACGACAUUUAUUUACAAAUCUUUACAAAAAAACAGAAGUGUUAUUAUUACUGGUUCCCCAGGGUGUGGGAAAUCUGCAGCUGCUCAUCAUGUAGCUUUGGAAUUGGAAAAAGAGGGAUAUGAAAUAGUACCUUGUGACGAUCCUUCAGAAAUCACUCAGCAUUUAACAACAGAGAAGUUCCAAGUUUUUAUGAUUGAUGACGUUUGCGGUAAAUUCGCUCUUAAUCAACAAAAAGUAAACUCUUGGGAUCAAUACGAGGAUAAAUUAAAUCUGUUACUGGAAUCAAAUCAGAAUAACGACAAGGAAGACAGUGCCAACAAAUCUGAGGAAGGCGGUUCAAGCAAAUCAAAGGGCGACUGCUUCAGCAAAUAUAAUGAAGAAAACUCCACCCAAUUUAAGGAAGACAGCUUCAAAAGGAAUAAAGUUAAGUUUAUAAUAACAUGCAGAGAGAAUAUAUAUGUUCAUAAGGCGUUCCCAAAACUGAAUUGUCUUUCACAUAUUCAAUGCAGCUUUAGUACUAAUUACAAAAUUUCGCAAGAUGAAAUGAAUGAAAUUGCGUUGUCUUAUUUAUCUGAGGAUACUACGAUGACCAUUCCAAACAUUUUUCUGUAUGAUUUCUUUCCUCUAAUAUGUGUUUUGUACUCAAAAAAGGUUAAUCGAGAUCAGACAUUCUUUACUCAUCCUGUUGAAAUAAUUGGAAACGAAAUUUCAGAAAUGAAAAUUAAAUCUGAAUCACAUUUUCUCUGUCUUUCUCUUCUGGUUCUGAAGAAUAAUUUUAUCAGUGAAGAUGACUUCAGAUCUGGAGAUAUGGAACAGCUAAUAACAGACAUAUGCAGGAACUGUCAAUUUGAAUCAUUCGUUUCUAUGGUGUCUAUUCAGAACUGUUUUGAAAGUCUAAAUGGUAUAUAUGUUAUUGAGGUAGGAGGUAUUUAUACAGCAAUCCAUGAUAAAAUGUUUGACAUCAUUUCAACAGCUAUUGCACCAUCUUUAAUUAAUUGCUUGAUAAAGUUUGCUGACAUUAAAUUCAUCGCAAAUCGCAUUCAGCUUUUGUCAUUGGGUAAAAGUAGUCUCCCUUGUGUAGUAUAUAUCGAACCUGAGUAUAAGAAUAUGUAUUUAAACAGACAAUAUAAGGAAGCAAUGAAAGGAAAUUAUUGGGAAGUAUUUGGAGGCAUACAGACAGAGAACGAGGCAUAUAGAAGUUUACUUUUAUCUUUUCUGAAAGAGCAAGACAAACUUCUACAGACUUGUUAUGUUCCUGGUGAUGAUGGAUUGACUCCAUUGUUUGUAUCGUCAUCUUUAGGAUAUAUUGAUUUUGUAAAAUACUUUGUAGUAAAAUGUCUUCAUUGCAUCAACGAAAAAGACAAGGAAGGUAUAUCUCCUUUCUAUAUCGCGUGUAAAAACGGUCACAUUGCAGUUGUUAAACAUUUGAUAAAAUAUUAUAAAGACGUCAAUGCAGAAAUGGUAUAUAAAACAACAGCAUUAUCCGCAGUCUGUUAUAAUGGCCACACUGAUGUGGCUCAACUGUUAUUAGACAAUAAUGCAGAUAUCAACCGAGCGAACAAAAAAAAUGAAAACGCACUUCAUUACGCCUGUGGCGGUGGUAAUGUACAAAUGGUGAUUUUAUUAUUGAGAGCAUAUAAUAUGGAUACACUUAACAAUACCAAUGAGCAAACUACUUUACAUAUAGCAUGCAAAAAAGAACUAAAACAAAUAGUUACACCAGCGAGGGCAUUUUGUAGAGAUGUCAAUCAGCAAUGUGACCCUGGCUUUACACCACUGUAUAUUGCUUGUCGUCAAGGUCAUUAUGAAACGGUGAAAUUGUUACUUGAUUUGAACAGACAAACAAAUAACUGUGUUGAUACAACGAUAAAAGAUAACAAAGGAUGUUCAAUUUUACAUGCAGCAUCUUUUUCUGGGUGUACAGCAAUUGUUAAGUUAUUGAUUGAUGUCGGUAUGAAUGUAAAUGAUACAUCAACUGAAGGUUUGACGCCGUUAUAUGUAGCUUGUCAACUCGGUCACUUUGACACAGUGAAAUUUCUACUAGAUUUAAAAGGAAAAACAUCCAAAAGUUGUGUUGAUACAGGAAUCUUAGUUAUGAAUGGGUGGUCAGCUUUACAUAUAGCUUGUAAUAAUGGAAAUACAGAAGUAGUGAAAUUAUUGGUUGAUGCCGGAAUGAAUAUAAAGGGUUCAUCAAAUGCUAGGAGAACACCUUUAUUUCUAGCUUGUGAAAACGGUCACUAUGACACAGUGAAAUAUUUACUUUGUUUAAACGGAAAAACAUCAAAUGAUCGUGUUGAUGCAACAAUAAAAGAUGAGGGGGGGUCAGAAGUUCUGCAUGCUGCUUGUUCUAAGGGACAUACAGAAAUUGUCAAAUUAUUGUUUGAUGUAGGUAUGCAUAUAAAUGACACAUCAAUUGAAGGUUAUACACCACUAUAUUUAGCUUGUAUGUACGGUCACUAUGACACAGUGAAAUUCUUACUUGAUUUAAACGGAGAAAAAUUUGAUAGUUGUGUAGAUACCACCAUUAAACAUAUAGAAGGAUGGUCAGUUUUACAUGUAGCUUGUUUCAAAGGACAUACAGGAGUUAUUAAGUUAUUGAUAAAGAUCGGUAUAAAUAUAAAUGAAACAUCAACAAACGGUUCCACACCACUAUAUCUAGCUUGUAAGAACGGUCACUACGAAACAGUUAAAUACUUACUUGAUUUAAACGGCAAAACAUUAAAUAGCGUUGUAGAUACAACAAUUAAAGACGAAUAUGGAUGGUCAAUGUUGCAUGCUGCUUGUUCGAAUGGACAUAAAGAAGUAGUAAAGUUAUUAGUUGACGCUGGUUUAAAUGUAAAUGAUAUAACAAAUGAAGGUGUUACAUCAUUUUUAAUAGCUUGUUGGGACGGUCACUAUGACACAAUAAAAUACUUACUUGAUUUAAAUGACCAAACAUUAAGUAGUCGUGUAAAUACAACAAUUAAAGACAAAUAUGGAUGGUCAGUUUUACAUACAGCUAGUGUAAAUGGGCAUACAGAAGUAGUCAAGUUAUUGAUUGAUGAUGGUUUGGAUGUAAAUGACACAACACAAAUUGGUUGUACACCACUACUUCUAGCUUGUCAGAACGGUCAUUAUGACAUUGUGAAACACUUACUUGAUUUAAACGGCGACACAUUAAAUAGUUGUGUAGAUACAACAAUUAAAGACGAAUAUGGAUGGUCGGUUUUACAUGAAGCUUGUUUUCAGGGACAUACAAAUAUGGUGAGGUUAUUGAUUACGGCCAAUGUGAAAAUAAAUGACAAAACAAAGUACGGUUCCACACCUCUAUAUCUAGCUUGUCAGAACGGUCAUUAUGAAACAGUGAAUUUUUUACUUGAUUUAAACGACAAAAAAUCAAAUAAUCUUGUGGAUACAACAGUUAACUAUGACGAUGGACGGUCAGUUUUACAUACAGCUUGUUUUAAUGGGCAUACAGAAGUAGUUAAGUUAUUGAUUGAGAUCGGUUUGAAUGUCAAUGACAGACAGAAAAACGGUUUUACACCACUAUAUCUAGCUUGUCUGAAAGGUCAUUAUGAAACUGUGAAAUAUUUACUUGAUUUAAACGGCGACAAACUAAAUAGUCGUGUUGAUACAACACUAAAAGAUACACAAGGUAACUCGGCUUUGCAUGCAGCAUUUUCAAAUCAACACACAGAUGUGGUGCAGUUAUUGACCGAGUAUGGUAAUUGUGAAGCAGAACAAAGACAUAGUAUAACAGAAUAUUGUGUGAUAUCGUGA